ACAAUGGUUUGAAUACAGCUGUCAGUUGCAGCUGUACGCGCUAUAUUUGAUUUUGUCGGCUGCAAUUUGAAAAACAAAAUAGUAUAGUUUGUGUGGAAAUUUAAAAUUUUUGACGAUAUGAGCGCCAGUGAUGGAGUUUUUAAUAAUCUGCGACAAAAACUUGAUGUGUUGGGUUAUACACAAACUUUGCCAUUGGCUGGUAUACCAUUGGUUGCAGCACUAUUCGAGGAUUUGGUCAAAUCAACAGAAAGUCUCCGAGAUGCGAAGAAAAAAAUUGUCGAUUUAUUAGAGGAAAAGUCUUGUUGGGAAUUGGGUGUCGAACCAUACAAGUGUGAUAAUUCACGCCUUUUAGCUGAGUGCAAUCAGCUACAUCAGCAAAAUUUAAAGGAGCGCGAAGAUUAUGAGCAGCGUAUAUUUGAACUAAGCCAGAAAAUCCGUAACUUAGUUACGGAUAAGAUCCAUCUGGAGGAACACUGCCAGCAGUUGCAGCAGCAACUCUCAUCUCUAGUAGCUAAACAACAGAGUACAGCAACAGCGCAAAAUAUGAAAAAUGUGAGAGAUAAAGCAAAAAAACCGUUUAUUACCACAGUACGUUCAGGCGAACGCAUUCCUCCUCUCAUGGAUAAUGGCAGCAAUUUACGUUGCACUAAAUGUCAUACGCAAACUACACGGUCUCAAACAAGUAAUGAACCAAAUUUUCUGGCUGACAAACAACAUGGGGCGUCUUUAAGAAAUGAAAUAGAUAGAUUGGAGGAUAAAGUAAAGGAUUUAACGGAACAGUUAGAGUUCUAUAAGAGAAAGAUUGAAUCCCGUGAUCGUGAGAUACGCCGACUCAAUGAACUCUUAUCAGGUGGGCGUCCACCUGCUGCUCUUGCAAAGGAUUGCUGUUUCAAGGACGUGCGUGGUUUGUCCGAAGAUAUUGAACUUUUGCAGCGCGAAAAAUCAGAAAAUUUAACUAAGGUGCGGGAAUAUCAGGAACAAAUGCACGAGGCAAUGCAACGUGCUCUCUCCUUGGAAAAUCGUAAUAAGCAACUCCAAAGGGAUCUUGAUGAAUUGAAAGAAGCCGCCAUGGCAGUUGAAACGCAAGCGAAUACAGAAAUAGCGCAACGAGAACACGAAUUAGAAGUUUUGCAAAACGAGUUGAAAAAGUUGCGCAUUAAACAAGAGGGAGCAGGGGAUAAUAGAACACAAAUAGGUCGAAGAGCUGAUGGUGGAGGUGAUAAUAGCGAUUCUGUUGCAGUAGCGACGUUGAAUGCAGAUAAACGUCGACUCAACGAACGCAUCAAUGAGCUCACGCAAAAAGAAGUGGAAUUAAGAACUGAAAAUGAGCGUUUACAUAAGAAAGUUUCAAAACUGAAAGGCAAAAUUCAUGGCAUGCAUAAGGAGCUACAGGAUAAUGUACAACAAAAAGAGCAGCGCACUGAUGAGGAAAAAAUAAGAAUUAAAUCCGAACGAGAUUUUUUCCAAAAGGAAUAUUUACGACUAAUAAGCAAAGCGGGUUCGGAGAAGGAAGUUGAUUUCCUACAAUCUCAAAUCAAAUCAAAAGACGAUGAACUUCGUUUGCUCCGAGCUGAGCUUUGCCUCCGCCAACAGGAACGCUUACUGCCAACGGUUGAUACAGCCACUGCCCCUGUAGCCACUGCGGCUACAGCCACUACCCCAAUGGAGCGUUGUCAAUUUGCGCAAGCAUCGCUUACCAGUGCACGUUCAAACCAUUCAGCUAAGUCAGCGCAUAGCGUUGCUAGUAGCGAUUGCGUGCAGGCUGUGGUUUUACGUGCGGAGCGUGAACGCGAUUGCGCACGCGCUGAAUUGGAGCGUGUACGCUGUGAACGUGAUACAUUGCGUGAAAAACAUGUUUCACUGUUGCAAACACAGUCGUUGGAAACACAGAAAUCACAAGCGCAUAUUAGUGAGCUAAACACGCGUAUACGACAGUUGGAGCGAGAGAAUCGUGAACUGAGUUCAGCGCGUAUACCAAGCGAAACACAUAUUGUAUUGCUCAAGGAAGAAAUUGAUGAAUUGAAGCGACAGAAUUUCGCUCUGCAAGAGGAAAAUUCCAAAUUGCGCACGCGGCAAAAUCAGUUAAAAAUAUUAAACGAACAAACGGAACGUACACUGCAGGAUUAUCAGAGUAGACUUACUAUAGCCGAACGGCAGCUACAAACAGCAGAUACGCGUCUAAAUGAAUUGGAUACAAAUCGUGAAACAACAAAUCGCGAAGCUACGCAGCUGCGCAAUGAAGUUACAGCGUUGAAAAAAACUUACGUCGCGUUGGAGAAUGAAAAGGAUAAAAUAUUGAUGCAAUUAGAUGCUAAAACGGAACGCGCCUAUCAGUUAGAGUUUGAGCUAAAAAUAUGUAAAGAGAAGCGUUUUGCGUUGGAGAAGGAAGUUAAAGACUUGGAAGAAAAGCUGAGUCAGUUAAAUACAAAAACACGUGAACGUACUGCCGAAUUGCAUGAAACCUCAACGGAAAGUAAAACUUUACGUCAACAAAUCGCUGCAUUGAAAAUCAGUCGAGACGAAGCCAUUGCGGAAAAUGGGCGUCUUUCAAACGAACUAGCCGAGCGUCAAGCGGAGAUUUUAAUGCUUAAGAAAAAAUUGAAAGAUUCCGAAUUUGAAAUCGAACAAUUGAAGCAACAACUACGUCAAUAUGUAGCGGAGGUGAAAAAAGCGGAGGAUUUGCUAUUGCAUAAGGAAAAGGAACGUGAAGAGAUGCUCGAACAUUAUCGAAGUCUUUCGCAUGACGCCGUCAUAUUGGAGGGCAACAAUCAGAGUUUAGAAGUUGAAGCGGCGGAACACAAACGACAAAUUACCGAAUUAGAAGAUGAAAUCAAAGCGCUGAAGAAGGAAAUUUGCUGUCGCAAUGGCCACAUUGAACAACUGGAGGACAAGCUGAGCGCGGCAAACGCACAAAACACUAAAUUAGAACGUCAACUUGAAGAAGCUAUAGACGAACAACGCUUACUGAAGGUGGAUUUGGCAGCACGUAAGGAGCUCUGCGAUAAGCUAGACAACGAGAAAGAUAAAUUAAAUGCCGAGUUAACCGAACUAAAUGAGAUAAAACGCAAGCUUGAACAUGAUAAUGAGAAGCUACGCACGGAUAUGGAAAAAUCUACUAGUGGACAAAAAGUCUCCUCUGAAACGCUUGAGGAACUAUUAACUAAAACACGUCGUGAUCUUGAAGAACAAAUUAAAGUUGAUAGUAAGUUGAGUCAGGAAUUAGUGCGUUUACGGCAGCAAAAUGACGAUUUGUUGCACCAAUUGGAUACCGAACGUCAACGUCGUCAUCAAACGGAAACUUUAGCGCAGGAAUAUCAAAUACAGAAUCAAGAGCUACGUCAUAAUCUCACCGAUGAUCGCUUUCGUCAAGCGCGUUCACGUGAUCAAAGUCCGCGCUAUCCAUCGCAGACGUUGUAAGCACAGCGCGCUUGUUUUACAGCCAGCAAAAGUAAAAGUACAAGAAAUUGAAAAUAAAGUGAACGUGCACAAGAACUGAGCAAAUUAUUUGCACACUCUAAGAAAAUUACAAAAUUACUCUC